AUGAAGCUGCCAGGCCGGUCCCCCGGGCCGUUGGAGAAGCCCCGCUUCCCCGGGCGGGAGACGCCGUCGUCAGGCCCCGCUCUGGUCCUGGCCGAGGACGGGGCCCGCGUCCCCUUCGCCAUCGACCGCUACCUUCGGGGCUACCAGCGAGACGGCGCCCGCUUCCUCUACGGCCACUACGCCCGCGGCCGGGGCUGUGUACUGGGCGACGACAUGGGCCUGGGCAAGACCAUCCAGGUGAUUUCCUUCCUGGCGGCCGCCCUGGGCAAGACGGGGACCCGGCAGGACGUCGAGGACAACCGCCCCGACUUCCUGAGGAGGGGGAAGGACGGGGGGGGACGCCCGCCCCGGUCACCGACGGCGGGGGGGUUGGCCGAUCGCCCGCCGCAGAUGUUCCUGAUCGUGGCCCCGCUGUCGGUGCUGUACAACUGGAAGGAUGAACUGGACGCCUGGGGCCAUUUCCGCGUGGCCGUCCUGCACGGCGGCAAGAGGGACGCCCAGCUGGGCCGGGUGAAGCGGGGCAGGUGCGAAGUGGCCCUCACCACCUACGAAACCCUCCGCCUUUCCCUGGAGGAGCUCAACAGCCUGCAGUGGUCGGCGGUCAUCAUGGACGAAGCCCACCGCCUGAAGAACCCCAGGGCCCGGAUAACGGAGGCCACGAAAGCGCUGCGGUGCCCGGUGCGCAUCGGCCUCACGGGCACCGCCCUGCAGAACGACAUGAAGGAGCUCUGGUGCCUCAUGGACUGGGCGGUGCCGGGCCUCCUCGGGAGCGAGGCGAGCUUCCGGAAGCGCUUCUCCGAGCCGGUGGAGCGGGGCCAGCGGCACACGGCCACGCGGAGGGAGCUGGCCACGGGCCGCCGGGCCAUGCGGGCGCUCGGCCGGAAGCUGGCCGGGCGCUUCCUCCGCCGGACCAAGGCCCUCAUCGGGGACCAGCUGCCCAAGAAGGAAGACAGGGUGGUCUACUGCGCCCUGACGGACUUCCAGCGGGCCGUCUACCAGGCGGUGUUGGACACGGAGGACGUGGCCCUGGUCCUGGGGGGCGGCGAGCCCUGCCCCUGCGGCCGCGGCCGGAGGCGGAAGAACUGCUGCUACCAGGCCAACGGACACGGCGACACGGUGAAGACGCUCUACUUCAGCUACCUGGCGAUCCUCCGGAAGGCCGCCAACCACGCCGCCCUCCUCCGCCCCGGCGGCGGGGCCGCCCAACGGCAGGAGACGCACAUCCGGAGGGUCUGCGACCGGGUGUUCGCCCGGUUCCCCGCCUUCGCGGAGCGGAGCCGGGAGGCCGCCUUCGAGACCAUUUCCGACUCCGAGUACAGCGGGAAGAUGAAGGUCCUGCAGCGGCUCCUCCAUCACUCCAGGAGGAACGGUGACAAAGUCCUCAUCUUCUCCUUCUCCACCAAGGUGCUGGACGUCCUGGAGAGCUACUGUUUGGGCGCCGGGCUGGACUUCCGCCGCCUGGACGGCCGCACGAAGCCCGAGGAGCGGCUCAGGGUGGUCAAGGACUUCAAUGGCUCCCGCCACGUCGCCGUCUGCCUCGUCUCCACCACCGCCGGUGGUCUGGGCCUCAACUUCGUGGGCGCCAACGUCGUCGUGCUCUUCGACCCCACGUGGAACCCGGCCAGUGACCUCCAGGCCAUCGACAGGGCCUACAGGAUCGGCCAGCGGCGCGACGUGAAGGUUUUCCGCCUCAUCUCCCUGGGGACGGUGGAGGAGAUCAUGUACCUGCGCCAGGUGUACAAGCAGCAACUGCACUGCGCCGCGGUGGGCAGCGAGAACGCCAAGCGCUACUUCGAGGCGGUCCGGGGUUCGAGGUCUCGCCCCGGGGAGCUGUUCGGGGCGCGCAACCUCUUCACGCUGAGGCCCCGCGGAUCCUGCCUCACCAGGGACAUCCUCCAGCGAGAAGGCCGGGUCGAAGCCGGGGUCCUGACGGCCACAAACUGGGUGACGGAGGAGCCCCCGGCGCGCCAAGCGGAGCUGCCCCCGCAGGAGGAGGAGGAGGAGGAGGAGGAAGAGGAGGACCACCUGGAGGAGGAGGACCAGGAGGAAGCGGCGGUCCACCCAGCCCCAUCCCGGAAACCAUCCUUGGACCGCAUGCUCGAGGGCAUGCCAGGGGUGGCCUUCGUCCACUCCAACCAGAAGGUGGUCGGCUCGAGCCGAGCGGAGGACCACAUGAGCCGCCGGGCUGUGAUAGACGUCUUCGAGCUCCGCCAGUUCUCCCAGCUCCCCGCCAACCUGGCCGUGGGCGGCCAAGAGCGCUCAGUACAGUCCCCGCCGCAGAACGUGCCGCGCAGGGUGGGAGCGCCGCCGCCGCCGCCCGGGGUCGUCCACCCCAUCACCUGGACGCGGAAGGAGGCUCGCCGGGUGGGCCCCGUCACCGUCCUCGUCGGAGAGACCCCCGCCGCCCUCCGAAGGAGACACCUGGCCGAGCUGACCUCCGACCUCGGGCUGCGGAGCGUCCAAGACCUGGCGCGGCGUGUAGUGGACGCCACGUCGCGGGAGCGGCAGGAGAUGCUGGCCGCCUUCUACGCGGCCCGCUGCCCCGAGGCGGCCGCCCUCCUCCCCCGGCCCGGAGGCGGCCAGUACACUCCCCGGGGGGGCCGCCGCCUCCGGGAGGGCCGCCCCGCUGUGGCGGGAGAACCAGGCCUUCCUGUGGAGAGGAGGAAGCUGAGGCCCGGAGAAGUGACCCGAUGA